UAAACCAUAUAAACAUCACAUAAAAACACCCUCGUAAUUCCCCAAUCUCUUUUUAAAAACCUUCACCUUCCUCUCUUUCUCUCUCUUCGAUGGAGGUUUCACUUUCAGCAAUGGCGGACACAAUUUCUCUCUCUCACCAACUCUUUAUCACCGACUCUCUUCGCACCUCCUCCGUCAUCUUCCCUACUGACGCCAUUGCUCCUCCUCCCGUCAGAUCUCGCUCCGCUUCCUGCACCUCUGCGCGCCGUACUCUCCUCAAGCGCCGCCGUCGCACUCGCCGCCGGUCUCCCCCUUCCGACGGAGAGGAUGACGGCGGUAUCUUCGGAGGCGAUGAUAGCGGUUUUUUCGGCGGUUUUGGCGGCGGAAGUGGCUGGAAUUCCGGUUUUGGUGGUGGUGGUGGUUUUAAUUGGGAUGAUUGGUCUUCGUCUUCUUCGUUUCCUGAUGAUCCGGCUUUCGAUUUCGUUUACGAGGUUUUGUGUUGGAUUGUUUUCUCAAAUUGCUUGCAUUUUGCGUUCAAAAAGCUUGUUCGUUUGAUUACUGAGGAGAGAGAAAAGGUUCCUUUGAGAAUGGAGGUUUGCUGAUGAUUUACCGGUAGUUUUAUUCGUUCUGAUUAAUUGUAUAUAAUUGUACAAAUAUAAUUCGAUUUCUAUAACAUAUUGCUGUGUUAAUUGUACAUAUAGUAGUGAAUUUAUUCAUCAUUUGCGGAAAUUAUUGUUACUUAAAUUGCUUUGAAUCGAUUGAUAAUUUGCCGAGAUUACUGUUCCUGAAA